AUGGGAAUAGUCGAAGAGUUGUCAUGCCUAUACAACGACGCGACAGAAGACGAUGCUGAACACACAUUCUUUGAAUGUACGCUGGCAACGAGAACGCACCGCCGUAGAAGACGUAUUCGACCCAAUAAACGCGAACAAUUUAAUCAGCGUCAUGUCGCGUUGACGCUAUGCGUGGUUUACGUGCACGGCUUACGCGGCUGUGGCGGUCUGCCAACGCUGGUGCUCACUUGGGUGGCCAGCGUCAUACUCUUCAGCCUGCAAGUGCUCACCAAUCUGCUGAUACUUAUGGAAACCGUACGCCGCCGUGCGCAACACGCCGCCUUUCUGCAGAAUCUCGCGGCGAUUGAGGACGCGCUCAAGCUGCGUUUGCAUGUGAAUGUGCAAAAACGUGCGCUAUUGCAUGAAUUACACUGCCUGAUCGGCUGUUUUGCGUUUUGCUCACUCGUUGGCCUGCUGCUCUUCAUUCUAAGCACACAUUGGUUGAAUUACAUUGGCUUCUUCUGGCAUGGACUCUGGUCCAUACUAACAAUGCGUGUACGUAUUAUACAAUUGUUGUUGUACGUGCGCAUCUUGCUACAUUAUAUGGAGUGUCUCUACGCAAAAUUGCGUGAAAUUGUGGCCUAUCGCUUGGCGUCAGCGGAGUUGCUGCUCGAUAUCAACUACGUUAGAUUGGCUUCGUUGGACUCGCUGUUGGCCGUCAAGGAGACUUACACGCUGAUUUAUGGCGCGUUUCAUAUGCUUAACCACUUUGCCGGCUGGUCACUCUUUGGCAUUGUCAAUUGUUAUAUGUUUGAUGUGAGCUGCAAUGUAUAUUGGACGCUGCUAAGUUUGGAUGGUUACCAGAAUAGGCGCUACUAUUACGUGGCGGGGCCGGUGGCGUUGCUGCCGUUGCUCGCAAUCAUUUGCUAUUUGUGUUUUUUAUGUGAUAGAUGCCAGGAAUUGGCGCGUCGCAUCACUUUCCAACUAAACAAACUGAAAAUGUUGCGUACAAAGCAGUCGCUGACGCCAUAUCGGCUGGUCUUGCAACAAAUUUCCGCACAAAUACAACUACAACAAAUUGAAGUAACGGCACAAAACUUUUUCGUCUUGGAACUGCGUCUAUUGAUGACCAUCUUCUCUGUGACUUCAACAAAUUUGGUAAUACUGGUGCAAUUUCUUUGCUUGGAGCUGGAGUUGUUGAGCUUAUCUUGA